CAACCCGUCCAUUCCCGCCAUAUCCAGAACCAUGCGGUCCAGUUUAUCCUGCGAGCAUUGCCGAAAAGCAAAAGUCAAGUGCGUUCACACCGGAAGUGCACCAUGCCAACGAUGUCAACGACUCGGAACAUCGGGCUGUGAAAUCACAAGACCUGUUGUGAGAUCUGCCAAGAAAGCUGUGAGGAGAGCUCAUGAAGCGGGUUUGGCGCCGAGGCAUGAUGUCUCGGUGAUUUCGAGCACGUCGGGGUUUCAGCCUAUACCGAGCCCUGUCUCGUCGAGGCAGACGACUUCAUAUCAUACGCCUGAUACUGUGGAUGAGCAUCUCGCUCGUCUACCGAUUGGGAUUAUUCUAAAGGCUCUGAAUAUCUUUACUGCCAAGUUCCCGGAACUGAGGAUACUGCAGGCAUCUGCUUUUAUCAAGGAGUAUCAAACUGCUCGGUCCAGGGAGAGCAAGGCUUUGCUAGCGACGAUACUUGCUAUUACACGAAAGCAAUGCUCCAUUGUCACAGGAGAUUGGUUGAGAAGCUUGAAGACUAGCGAAUGCUAUGCUUCUUAUGCUUGGAGUACCUUAUCUGAUGCUAUUCUUCAACCGCCAAAGGUUCAAGUCGUCCAGGCUUUGCUCAUCUUGACGCUUUAUGAGUGGGGCGUGAGAGAGUAUCACAAAGCUUGGAUGCACUGCGGCAUCGCAAUACGCAUCAUGCAGUCACUUCACAGCUCCCGAGUCAGUCCCCAUCCUCUCGACAUGUCUCAAAACAACGACACAGACGUCAUGGCCAUUGCAGUAGAAGCUCGAACAUACUGGGCGUGCUUCAUCAUGGACUGCACCAUCAACUCAGGAACAUAUAACCCGCGUAUGCUUCCAAUGUCCGAGAUGCACAAGCUCAAAGUCCCUCGACCAUUGAACUAUACCGACUUUGCAUUCGGCUUUGACGCAGCUUCGCUCGAUCAUAUUUGUACUGGUGAUUUAUCUGGACUGGCACAAAGUUUCGAAACGAUUGCGACUGGGUUCGACAUUUAUGCUCAAGCAAUGUCGUUUGUUUUUAAUAAUGGGCGCUGUGCACCGGGUAUGUGUGCGCCUGAGAAUUGUCCUUGGGUUCCUGGGUCUGCUUGGUCACAGUGUCGGGAUAGGUUGGAAGAAUGGAGGAAGAGUCAGCAUGAGAGGCUUUGCUAUCCGCAGCAUAGUGUUGUGGUGCACAUGACGUUGGGACAUGGGGAGUCGUUCAUUUACUUGAACAUGCUGUACUACUUGAGUACGAUCAUGCUUCAUCGAGAAUACUUCCCCUUCUUACCAACAGCCGACUUGACACCUCGCGGCCCCGUCGAUCCUCCCCUUCUAGAGGCCGAAGCACCACCAGGUUGGUGGGACGAAAGUGCCAGAGAGCUCUUCAACGCAGCUGAACAGAUAGCAUCUUUGCUCCAAGAAGCAUCUGAGUGCGGGAUUCCGCUAAUGACGCCCUUUUCCGGCUUCUGUGCCUUCACCGCCUGUUUUCUCAAUCUCUACGUAUUUCGAUUUCCCAGGAUGAAUCUUGACCGAAGCUCAAAGGCUGAGCAGUUGAUGAACUGGGGACUAGAGUAUUUAGAAGAGUUCCAGAACGCUUGGGAACUAGCAGGAGGCUGGAUCAAAACGAUUCAGAACUCAUCACUCUUAUACAAAAGAGCAACCGAAGACGCAGGACGCUACCGCGGAAGAUCAAGAGCAGAUUUUGAAACUCUUCACCAAUCAAUUCAUGAAUAUCGAAUUGUCGAUAGGUCGGAUCAGCAUUUGCAGCAGAUCAGCCAUGCAGAUCGAAACUCAGCAAGACGAGAAGAAGAAACUGUGGCGAGCCAAGUUCAAGUGUCGAGUAAUAUGGGAGCGGCGGUUAAUGCUUCGGUACCGGAUCCGUUUCCGAAUUGGUGGUCUAUGUUGCAGGAGGUGGAGUUUACGGAUGUUGGCAAUUUGUGGAAUGGGAUGCGUGAGCUAUAAUCUGGGGAAUGAGUAUAACAUUAUAGCUGGGAAGGCAGGAAUAGGCCAAUUUGGAAUUGAGGCCGGGUUUGAGCGAGGGUUUACUACCUUCCUCUCUGUAGAGAGGUCAGGGACAAGGGUUAUAAGAAUUGCGCAUGACGUUACAUGACUUUUAGGGGAACAAUACAUGAGACUGGCUUAUACCGAAAUCCACGGAUGUAUCACCAAAUCUAGUCUCAUGUUGUCGUUUCCUUCCACCAUGAGGACAUUGGUAGAGCCAACCACUGCCAAGAUACUAGCAGAAAUCAGCAUCUGUUGCAUAAUUCGAGAGGCACAAAGAACAUUUGGAACCCUUCGGACAGAUCCGCAGAGUAUCUAGCUGAUAGCCUGUUCAACUAUGCCC